AUGAAUAAUGUUUCAACAGUUUCAGUGUUUUUUCUUUCAGGUUUAAACGAGACAAGGAAUUACAGGUCACCUAUUUUCUUUCUCACUUUAAUGUGUUACUUCAUAAUACUUGUUUUAAAUGUCUGUAUUGUUUUGACCAUAAUCUUUAAUAAUGAACUCCAUGAACCAAUGUAUAUUCUGGUGUGUGCGUUUUGUAUAAAUUCCCUUUUUGGAACAGCAGGUUUCUAUCCCAAAUUUCUCUGGGAUCUGCUCUCUCCUGUUCAUGUCAUCUCUUACUCAGGCUGCCUUCUGCAGGCUCAGGUGGUGUACUCCUCUGCCUGCAGUGAUCUGUCCAUCCUUGCCCUCAUGGCAUAUGAUCGGUAUCUGGCUAUAUGUCGACCACUGGAGUACCACUCUGUCAUGCCGAAGCAGAGAGCCAUUGCUUCAGUUUUUCUUGCCUGGUUAAUACCUUUUUGCAUUAUAGCUGUAAACACUUUUCUUACAUCUAGGUUGAAGUUAUGCAGCUCGUAUAUAAACAGACUAAUUUGUAUGAAUGGGAGCAUUGUUUUGCUUGCUUGUUUUCCAGCUGAAGCUUCUGUGACCAGCAUAAUUGCAAAUACCACAAUAGUAGUUUAUUCUCUACACAGUGUUAUAAUUCUGUGGUCCUACGCUUUUCUCAUCAAAACAUGUCUUGGUUCUAUAGAAAGCAGGAGAAAGUUCAUGCAAACCUGUGUGCCACAUUUGAUCUCCUUGUUAACUUUUUCAAUAAUUAUACUUUUUGAUAUUUUAUAUAUUCGAUUUGAGGCCAAAGAUUUACCACAAACUCUGAAAUACUUUGUUUCUAUAGAAUUUCUCAUCAUACCUCCUAUAAUGAAUCCACUUAUUUAUGGUUUCAAGUUGACCAAAAUACGAAACACUGUUAAACAAUAUGUGUGCAGGCUGGGACUGCUGUAUAUCCCCAAAUCUGGCCUAAAAAUCCGAGGUGACAGAGCCUUUGCUGUUGUGCCCCUGUUGCUCUGGGAGUCUUUGCCCCUCUGCACAGACUACAAGGGGAACAUGGGGUAA